AUGACAGACAGCUCCCCAGCCCUCUUAGCUCUACCGCAGUGGGAGGGGGAAUCUCGAAAAAUCCGUUUAAUUUACUUGGUGAAUUCUUCAUCUUUCACACUAGCAAAAUGCCCCGGCCAGGGUCCUGUGAUUCCACUUUAUUUGGGAGCUGAUAUUCUCUUCAACACUGACGUGCGCACAGAGAACCAUCCCAGGUACCAUGCCAAGUUUGCCAAGAGAGGACUGGCCACAAAGGUCACUUUUUCUGCAGCUUUCAGGUUCCAGGGGCUGAAGGUUCCCGCUGCCAAUAACAGCCUGUGGUUUUACAGCAUCCAGGGACUGUUUCGAGUUGCCUUUGAAAUGUACAGUAAGCAAGAGCAGCUCGCAGUGCUGGAGAACUUCCAGGAUGUUUGGAAAUCCCAAAUAAAUGACAGCCCACUGAAAAUGAAUUACAGCCUCAGUGCGCAGAUGGACCUCUCAGCAUCUCCGAGGGCUUUUGACAUAAAAUCAAGAAGGGAAAUGUCUCCACCUCCUCCUUGCCAGGCUGGCGGGGAAUUGAUGGAUGGAUGUAGCAGUGACACGGCCGAUUCAUCUGCAGACCGCCUCGCUUCACCCAGCACACGUUUGCACCCCGAGCCCACUCAUCCGAUAGUGUCCACCCUGAGAGAGAAGCUGCGCAGCUUGGACAGCCAGCUGGCCACACAACCCAGAAGCCGCACCGAGCGGCUGGAGACGGCCUUGCUGCUUUUGGAGAGCGUCCAUCGGUACGUGAACGGGAAUCUGGAAGAGAAGGACGUGGCCAUAACGGUGUUAGCCCUGCUAAAGGCUGAGGACUGGACCAGAGACUCGGUGUACUCCUGUCAUCUGCUCACUUGUGUCGGACGCUGGCUCGGCCAGCAGUUUCACGCAGCCAACAGCACCAUCAGCCAGAAGGUGGAGGCCUUUAAAGUUCGCCACAUUGAGCGAAUCAGUGAUCUGCCUCCAGCUGAGGAACUGACUACUGAACUUUUCCCCGAGGCCAUGCAAACGCUCCUGCUCCACUGGAUGGGCUUAUGUGGGGAAUCUACGCUGGAAAAGAGACACAGUGAAUUCCCUAUUUUGCUCCUCAUCCUUGAGUUUGCCAACCAUAACCUCAUUACAGGUGUGGCACACGUGCUGUACUCCAGUCUUAUUUGU